GCGCGCGUGCGCGCCAACAAUUGAACAGAAAGAAUCUCGGCGUAGACAGCUAAAACAUCACCCUACCGGAUUUGACACGCUUGGGGCUCGGGCUGCCCGCAGCGUAGGGCGAGGUUGGCUCCAACAUGAGCGCGCUCCCCGAGAACUGGGAGUGGGAUUACGAUGGACGUCGGUGGUUUUACCGGUAUAAGCCCACGGGCCUCGUCCAAUACAACUUCCCGAGGCCCGGCGACGAGUUUCCCGAAAUCGACCUAGGCGCCGCUGCCCCCGAUCUCGCUCCCGAAGAGCGGCUCGAAAGCCAGCAGCAGGUCAAGAGGAGGAGCGUCGCCGGCGAAGGUUCCUCGAAACCCCCCACCAACAGACGGCGAGACGGGUCCGCUUCGGCUUCGGCUUUGGCUUCGGCUUCGACCGCGCCAGCCGCGACAGCUACCCUGCAAAAUAAUGAUGGGGGGUUCUGGUUCCAACCCGAUAGCUUCAUGUAUGGCACCUAUACCGAUAUCAGCUCUCUGCGCGAGCAGGACGAGGAGGAGGAACUCGCUCUGGGCCAAGGCACUCGCGGGGGGAAGGGCAUUCGUGACGCAGAGGCACCUCCCGCCAAGGACCCGUCGAAGCCAGACAGAUCGCACAUAUCGCCCCUCGCGAGCGCUGUAGGCACCCCCCUCAGCGGCAACAGCCAACCUGCCACUGUGACGCCCGUACUCAACCAUGUCGUAACAGCAGAGCUCGACCAGGACGCUCAGGUCAACAACAGAGUUGCGCAGCCCAUGGCUCUCUCUGAUGGCCGCCCGAACCUCUUUUCUCCUGUCGGUUUCGUGGCCGAGCUUGCCAGCGAGCAAACCGCCCAAUGCUUGGACGAGACAAAUCCAGCCCCCGUGGAGCUGCCGACAGGCGAGAGCAUGGGCGCGCCCGCCAUGCCCACCUCCUACGCUAAUGCUUUCGACUUGGCUCCUGUAGAACUGCCCGCACAUCUAGACCUCGUGGACCCCUAUGCAGUUGAGCAAAAGGUUCUCGGCCCACAGGCUCCAGAUAACCAGAACCUUCAAGCGCAGCCUGUGUAUCAAAACUCGGGCCCGGAACAGUCGCUCCAGGCUCACCAAACCCCUCCCUCGCAGGCUCCAGCAACCCAGCGCGCUCUUGAGGCCUCACAAUCAAGCGGAUUUUCCAGAAAACCUUUGGCUAGUAGCCAUCGUCCACAUCACUCAUCACAAAAUGUUGCCGGAGUCGUAAAUCCUUCCUCUGGUGCUGAAUCUCGGCAUCCUGAGAACGAGCCUCGUUUGAAAAACCAGGUCCCAGUGGAACCAGGGAUGCCAAGUUCGCAGAUAUCGGAUGUCCCGUCCUUCCUCCAGCAGCCGCAAAAAUCAGCAACACAGGCCUCGUCUCAUGCUGAAAAUCCGAGGCAGCCACUGAGUGAAGAAGGGCCUGGUGCGCUAUACCAGAGCGUCUCAAACCAAGGUCCGCCACCAAUGUCAGCUCGGGUGGAUUCUACGGGCACAACACAUUCCGAGGCCGCCCCAUCUACCCUCCAGCCUUCCCACGGCCGUCACAGCCUAGCUCAGUCUAUGUCCUUGGACCAGUUGGCGCAACCAAAUAAAGGGUAUCAAGCCUACAGGCCCUACCGGGCGCCUGUAGAGGGCAAAGAUGCUUCGGCUGGGGGUUUCCAGCAAACCGGACUCGGCCAGGACAUGCCGACUCCCGCGGGAUUAGAUGCUGCACGGCCAAGGGUUGCAAGAACGAGCACUCUUCCGGCCGAUUUACCUGCGCUCCCGUACAUGGGUGUCCGUCCGCAAAUGCCGCGUUCAGCCCCAACUGCGCCGCCAUCUAUGCAGAAUAUCAUGCCUCCCAUUGUAGAAACAGAAAGCCAAACUUCUUCGCCUCCACAGCGAGGAGAGACGCGCGCGGCCGUCUUUCACAACUACUCGUCAGCGAUCCCCUUUCAAAGUCCCGACUUGCCACAGCCUCUGAAUAUAAACCGCAAGACGCCUGUGCCUGCAGCCACCACCAGUCAUCCUGGUGCAACUGUUUCUAGAAGCUCAACCACCUCGCCUAAACCCGCUGCCCUUCAAGAAGCCGCGCCAGUUUCAUACAGCAUCGCUGCUACCGAUAUAUCUAUAAAAAAUCCCACCCAAGGAGGCGCGGAUCAAAUAAGACCUACGUACUUGCCUAGCCAUGCUCCUAUACAGGGCCAAGUCCCGCCGACAUAUCUCAACGACGCUCCAAAAACUUCUGCCUUGAAAGGCCAGCCUCCACAGCAACCACCAACGCUCCAGCACAAACCUGCAGAGACUAAACCGCAAGCUGACUUCAGCAUCCCCUCGGAAUCCUCCAUGCAGCCAGCUGCCGAAACGAGAAAUACACUGCAAUCCUCCCCGGCCAAGUCCAGUGGCCAGUCACCGCCGCCCGUAGCGGGUGGAUUGCCUUCUGUCCAACCCACCGAGCAGCCGCGAAUAGCGUAUAGUGGCGUGGAAGACUACGCUAAUGCCCGUCCGCGGCCUCCAAGUCAAGAGUAUAAAGAGCCCGCCAAACAAUUGAGCCACUCGAUCCCUGCUGGCUACUCAACAGAGCAGGGCCAGUCACCCUCUUCAUACCCAGUCGCCGUUGCCCCGAGUGCUGGACCCCUUUAUCCACCGUCAGCAGGAACAGUCUUGACAAACGAGGCACAGAUACGCCCCCUUGCUUCACUAACACAGGUCCCUUCCAAGCUCACGGAUCAGGAUCAGCCGCAAACUCGGGGCCAAACCUCUAGAUUACCUUCCGUGCCUACUGAUACCAGCCAAUUCGUCUCUACGAGCGGCGCACAAACUACAGCGAUAAUUCAACCUAGCUACCAAUCUCCCCAGCCGCCCAGUUCCCAGAACUUCAGUCCCGACCCGCGAGCAACUUCGUCCGUUGUUCACCGAAGUCAAGAGUCCAGACCUGUCGGAAGUCAGGCUGUGCAGGCGCUCGGGGGUCAGGCGGCCCAGAGCCAGUUCGCCCCGGAACCCGCGCAAAACAAGGCAUAUGUCCCACAGGAUCACAUUCCAGGACAAGCAACGAUGAUCACGCCGAGCCAACCCCCAAGUCAGGGUAGACCACUCAUGGGACAGGUAUCACCUCCAAAGGGCUAUCCCUACUCCUUCCCGUCUGUUCUGCCUGGGAAAUUACCAACCUCUUUAUUGGACAAGUCGAGUCAAGUUCAGACAAUAACCUCUGGCGUCCUUGGUAUUGGUGCUCAAUCUGUUACCCCCAUUGCACCAUUGAUACCCCAAGGGACAGCCUUCGGGGGUGCAGCACCCGCUAGUCGUCAGAUUCCCCCAGCGCCAUACUCUCAUCAGCGUCCUUCGGCUGGACCCCUACAAGAAGCUUGGCCUGGGCAAAUGUCUCAGCCUUCUGGAAGCUCCAUCUCUCGCUCGUUGUCCACAGAUCCCAAGGAUACUGUUGUUACUCAAGAGCAGCGCUAUCAAGCCCAGGGACAUUCUUCAUCCCUGUCGACAGGUUCCCAGCCCGUAUCAUUGCCGAGUCAUACUAUUCCUCAUGGCGCACUGGCUCCCACGAAUGAGCCAGAACCCACAGCUCAUCAGCAGGGGUCAGCACCUAACCAAGCACAACAUGUAUCCGCACUGCCGUCAUUCGCGGCCCAGAAGGGUCUGGGCAUGACGUCUCCCGCCUCUUCUUCGGCACAACCAGUGGUCUUGGACACAAACCACGCAGAAGCGCAACUUACGAGACCCCAACAUAUGCCCACAUCCCCUCCUGCUAAACCCACCGUACAGUCCCCAGUGCGCUCAUCUUCAAUAUCUGUCGUCUCCCCGGGACAAACACCCACAGACAUACCACAACGACUACCUACAGCACCGCCUCAGAUACACCCUGCACCAUCACAUACAAUACAGUCACCGCCGAUUGGAGGUAUAUACACGAGCCCAGCACCGCCACAGGGACCUGGGGCUCUUCAGACACCAAUUCCACUUCAGCCAGGCAAUGCCCAGCAGCCUGUUGUAGCUUCCGCACAAGGAAUAGCACCUCUGUCAGGUGUAUACCCGCAACUAUCGGGACAACGGCCGCAAGUCUUUCAAACAGGAGUGGCGCCGCAGCAAAAUGUCCAGUUGACACAGGGAGUGCCACUUUGGGCUGGGAUGACUGCACAACAGACGCCGUCUCCUCCAACUAUCCAGAUAGGUCAGGUUUGGCCUGGGCCGUAUGCUGUACAGUCUCCUCAGAGUACCACGUCGGCAAAGGAGGGAAGCAGUUGGUUCAACAAGCUCUGGAGAAGCGACAGCGUCAAAAGGACAGGCCCGGGCAACGCGGGGGCCCCGAAUAACCAAUCUGGGGUGCACAUUGGCACACCGCAACCGCAACGCCUCCCGGCAGUUGGCCAGCCGGGGUGGCAACAGCAAGCAUUCCCAACAACUUCUACCCAACCAGCUCCGGGCUCACAGAUGCCCGACCCGAGGCCACGAGCCGUGCUGCAAAAGCCACCUCCCCAGCAAGGCUCGAGUAGGGGAGUUGCAACCACAGCUGUACAGCAGCCAUUCAAUAACGGCCCAGCAAGGCAAUAUCAGCAGGGACUGUCUCUGCAACAGCAGCCACUUGGUCUCCAGCGGCAGACGGCGAGUCAGCAGCAGCAGCAGCAGCAGCAGCGUGGUGGUAACAGGGGCGACGGCAUUCCUGCUUGGAGCGGCAUCCGAAAUCACGGCAGCAUCAAUAGACAACAAGCGGGCCUCGGCAUCACUACGCCACUUCCUCGCAACAACGCCGGCGCGGGCGGAACUACUACGAGUAGUGGCACUAAUAGGUCCUCGGGUAGUGGGUGGGGCACUUCGGCCGGGUACGACGGGUCCGGAUGGGGUGACGACGACGACGACUAGUUCAUAAAAGCUACCCAUACAGCAGAUGUGGUUUUUCUUUUCUUUUUCGGAUUUUCUUUGGCUACUAAGCUCUAAUGUACGUCAGCGGCUGUCUCAUCUGAUAUAAACUCUCGAGUGUUUCAAUCAAAUUUCUUAGUUCAAAUAUUACUGUGUAUAAGAAACAAUGCCCCCAUAAUAUUCAUGUCCAAUUAUUCAACCGUCAUUGCCUUGCACAAGUGCAUACCUACCUAGCUAGUUGAAAGAUUUAUUGCCUUGCCC